AUGUUGGGCUUGGUCAACUACGAGGACUCGGACGAUGAUGCCCCAGAGGCACAAGCUGCAACCAAUGGUAGCCACGAGAAAGCUGCUGCCACGGUGGUUGUGCCGCAGGCAUCGCCGCCCUCAUCUUCUCCGCCAUCCGGUUCGCCGCCGGAGGAGAGGGAGAGGAAGCCUCCUUCACGCGCCUCACCUCCGGCAUCUGACUUGGUUAGAAGACCGACCAUGGGGCCACCACCUGCGUCACGAGAUUGGUCGAACCCGUACAUCUUGGAACGCCUCGUUCAGGAAAUGGGCCUCAAGCAGUACAGAUCGAACUUCCCCAAGGAGAUAUUUGACCCUGAGCAUUUGGAGCAUCCCUCAGACUUCUAUGAUGCGCCAGAAUGUGAGCGGCCACCACCGCCAAAGCGCACCAAGAAGGGAGAGAAGCACAAAGAAGCACCAAAGUCUCCCGCUCCAGGUACUGUGGAUGCAUCUCAAGAAACCGACUACUUGGGUUCGGGACGGGAUUGGGCCGCCAGUUCGCCCGGCUGGACCGUUGAUGUUUUGGUCAUGGAAUACUCCUGGAAGCGCAAAGCAUCCCAGGCCACCCGCCCGUCGCAGAUGUACACCUUUUGGUCAGAGCUUGACACCAAGAAUUGCCCUGGACCCCGGGCAGCUCACUCUUGUGACAUCAUCGAUGGUCGCCUUUACUUGUUUGGUGGCUGGAAUGGCAAGAGAGCAUUGAACGAUUUGCACGUGCUGGAUGUGGCCUCCGGCACUUGGUCGGAGGUGUUACCAUCAGGUAGUGCUCCAUCUGCUCGCAACAACCACACCACGGCGGUGGUUGAUUCGCGGCUGGUGGUGCAUGGUGGCCAUGAUGGCAACAAGUGGGUGGCCGACAUGCACAUUCUCGAGACGAGUCCUCCUGCGCCAACACCGCCCCAUGAGGGCCUUGUUUGGCACAAGGCUCCAACUUCUGGCACUCCACCUUCUGCGCGUGCCUGUCACACUCUGACACGCCUAGCACACAAGUUGUACAUGUUUGGUGGUUAUGAUGGUGCCAAGUGCUUCAAUGACAUGGACAUCAUCGAUCUUGAAACGAUGACGUGGAUGCAGCCAAAUCUUUCUGGUACUUUGCCACAAGCGAGGAACGCUCACACCAUGACAGUCAUUAGCACAAAGCUGUAUCUGUUCGGUGGUCACAGUGGCAACAAGCAUCUCACGGAUCUCCACAUUUUUGAUACUCAGAAGCUUCAUUGGUCACAACCUGAAAUUCUGGGAACACCGCCACCAGGACUGCGUGGCCACACUGCCAAUUUGAUUGGGCACAAAAUCUUCCUCUUCGGUGGAUAUGAUGGGAAGGGCCGCACCAAUGAGCUGUACAUCCUCGAUACAGCAGAGGCCAAAUGGGUCAGACCGACGUGGCCCACAGAAUCGCCCCAUACGCCACCUGGGCGACAGCGACAUUCAGCCUCCCUCAUAGGCUCAAAAAGAAUCUACAUUUUUGGCGGCUUUGAUGGGAACAAAUGGCUGAAUGACCUUCACGUGCUGGAUGUUGGCCGCCUCGAGGAGAGCGCCCUAAACGAUGUUGCGGUACACACCCUCAUCGAGAACAUGGGCAGGCUUCUGAAAAGUGGCGAGUUCAGCGAUAUCACUUUUGUUGUCGAGGGCAAACGCAUCUACGCACACAAGGCCAUCCUUGUCGCCCAGUGUGAGCAUUUCAGGGCGAUGUUCGCCGGAGGUCGUUUUGUCGAGAGCCGAGAGGCGGAGAUCGAAAUCCCACAGUGGAGCCACGUGGCCUUCUCCGCCAUGUUGGAGUGGCUCUACACGGGUCAUGCUCCGAGGGAAUUGUCUGCAGAGCAUCUCACGGAGGUGUUGGGCCUCGCCGAUCAUUACACCUUGGAUGGCCUGAAGCACGUCUGCGAAAAUGUUCUCAUGCACAGCGUGGAAAUAGACAAUGUUUGUGCAUUGCUUCGUCACUCAGACCAGUACAUAGCACAAGAGCUCAAGCGCUACUGCCUGGCGUUUAUCCUCAAGAAUUUCGAUCAGGUAGCCUACACCACGGCCUUCGACGAAUUGAGUUCGAUGCCAUCUCUGCUGCUGGAAGUCACUCGUGCAGCUGCGACAAAAGACACAGUGCCGCGGAACGUGGGCUGCUCUUCUGGGUCGAGUCCUGGCAUGUGA